AUGCAUAGAUAUGAAGGCCAGCGGAAGCAUAUCAUACAGUCCCUCGAGUCCGUCCUUUACCAGCUGCACGCCCUCUCCUUCAUCCUCUCGCCUUCAAUAUGGAUCUACCUCGCGCGCGUCACCUCACAAUUCCAGUUCGCCCGACCACGAAGCAUUGACCCAAAGGGGUCCCUGCGCUUCUGGUUCUUCCUCAUCUUUCUCUUCCAGUUCGGCGCCGUAUGGUCGCACGCGCAGGAGGGUUCCACGCAUAGCAGACCCCUCGUACUUGACUUCGUGGGCAUGGGCACAGCGCCCUCAAAGCUGCACCUCCUGCUCCUCGACUUUCUCAUCAUCUUCCUUGAGGUGUUGCUCACUACCACCGCUUGGGAGACAUCCUACCUGGAUGCAAUGCCACCUAGCACGCCGGACGCUCUCUUGCCAGCAUCCCCGACGCACCCGGCGUCCAUAUCAUCCACCUCCGAUCAGCCAUUCAAACACGUCGAGGCCCGCGAGCACGAGUACGAACCACCGUAUGUCAUUGACCUCCGUCUGUCUACUAUUAUAGACCGCCUGCGGAACCCCCCGCUGCCUCCGACCCGUGAGACGUCCACCUACGACCUCAUCCCCCUGCCAAAUACCACAUCGUUGCCUAUCUCCGGCGGCCUGCGGAUGUUGCUCCGUGCGAGGCAGCAAUUGCAAGAACGUGCGCGUUCUGCGGAGCGGAGACGGGGGCGCGAUAAUACCAGCGCAGAGCGGCGGGAGGAGGACACCGACAGUAGGCAGACUGUUCCUGGAGGGUUUGAUACGGAGGACGACGCAUGA